CCUUUUAAAAUAUGGCUGCGCCCAUGUACUGUCAUGCUUAUUGAUGUUGUCAAUAUUGCAUUUGGCUAUUUAUGCUUUAUGACAUACAUUUUUAGUUCAACACUUAAGAUUUCAGUUAAAAACUAAACAAUGGGGAAGAGUAAGAGAAAGAAGCAACAAGACUUCCAGAAAGUGAAACUGAAGGUGGGAAAGAAACUCAAGAAAGGGGACAAUGUGACAAACGCCAGCUUCAAGUCUCGCGGCAUUCAGGUCUCCCAGCAGCUGAAAGGUGGUGAAUCAUCACAGCCUGUGACAAAAAAGAAACAGAACAUAACAGAGCUGUUUAGUCACUGUCGUCAUUACAGCCCGUCAUUCCGACAUGACGCAAUUAAUGGACUGAAGGAAAUUUUAACAGAAAACCCUCAUCUUAUUGAUGUGCACCUUGCAAACAUCAUAGAAAAAUCUUCGGAACUUUUCACUGACAAAGAUUCCACUGUAAGGCAAGGCGUUGUGAAAAAUCUGUUGAAAAAUGUCUUUUCGGUGGUUCCUGAGAAUCAAAUAGCUCCGUUUUUCCCUCUCAUGUGUGCACACCUUUGCUCCGCGAUGACGCACAUCGAUGACAAUAUAAAAGUGGAUUCGUUGACGGUCCUUGACCUGUUAUUAGAUCAUUACCCAACACUGUUAGUGUCAAAGUCGAACCAGGUUUUGCCAAACUUUAUUGAGCAGAUUUCCCGGCAACAGGGAGCGGGGAAAUCACGGUCGCUUAGUUCUAACCCAAACAGCGCAACAUCAACACUAAAAUGGAGAGUUUCUGUCUUGAAAAGACUACAGAAGUUCAUAAGUGCUUUGAUGAAAUUUGAUGCCGAAAAGGUGAACCAAGAUACACUGACAGGGACAAAUAAAGAAGAUGAUGGUGUAUUCUUGUACAAUGAAGGAGUCGGGAACAACAUGCAGCCUUUUGCAACAAGCGCAAGAUGUCUUUGGAACACUCCAGGCUAUACUCUGAGCUCAGCAAAAGAUCCCAACAAGGAAUGCGUAAUGGUUAUGAAUGUGACUCACCUGGCUGGGGCACUGGUUCCCCUCAUGUUAGAGAGCUGGGUCGAAGCAGUCCCUUCUGAGGGUGGAAUUGGAAGAGGAAAGGCCCUAGACAGCAUGGCUGCUGGCGUGAUGUACCAGAUUCUGUCUGUUACCCAGCUACUAAUGAAAUGUGUAACCUCGAAUCAGCAAACAGAAAAUAUGGGUGAGAUUCUCAAGUACCAGCGAGACUUUGAGACUCAUUUUAUGAAUUCCUUCCCUUACAUUGUGAACAACAUGGCUUCCACAGGCGGGAAGAAGGACAAGAAGAACAAGCUUGUAUUGGAUCAGGUGUCAGCGGAGACGCUUAACCUUACUGUUUGCGAUAUAAUGAUGAGUUUUCUAUCAGACGAUUUGAGGAAUGUCCCGCACUGGUUACCAGUGAUUACGAGGUACCUGUCCCGCGCCCUGUCCUCAGACAGAGGGGAGAGAGGGGGUCAAAAUGCAGCACUGGUCAUCAGUAUUGUCCGGAGGUUGUGUAAAUGUGAUUGUUUGCAGGGUCAAGUUGAUGGGCUGAUGGAUGGUCUUUACAGUAGGUACAGAGAUGCAGGACCUUUGUCCAAGGAGAAGAAAACAUACCUGUCGUUUUUUGCUGAAUCUAUACUCCAACAUAGCCAGGUGUAUCUCAGAGAAGAACUAGUCAGCUCAUUCCUGAAAGACCUACCGGAGUUAAUGCCCUUGGUUACGCAAGAAAAUCCAAGAACCACAACUCUGAUUCUUCAGACCCUCAGGGUAGCAUGUUGUCAUGGCAACGCUCAAUUCAUAUGUGAUGCAGACUUCAUGGAGCUAUUUACGACAUUCUUUGAUCCACUUGAUGGUUUGGUGCUAAAGCUGGAGUCACAUGACCGACAACAGCUGACUGGUUUACUUUUUUACCUGCCAAGUUUGAGUUUAGAACUUGUGAAAAUGCUAACCAGUCUCUGUCGCCAUGACAACAUUGAUAAACAGAAUGUUGCCUUCUUGAUUCAAGUUCUCCAAAACAGGUAUCUGAGACAAUGGAAAUUGCAGAAAAAAGACCAAAGGGAAGCUGAGAAGGAGGCUGUUCUUUAUCUUGGUUUCCUUGGCAACUUGCUUCUUGGCAUACCUAAGGUAGACUUUGAUUCACUUGCAAAGUCAUCUGAUGUAUCCUGUGCCCCGUACCAGCCUAUGAAAAUUCUGGACACCUUAGAACCACAGGGUCACACUGUCACCUGGGAAAACCAUAUUUUUCUGGUUGAGGCUGUAACAAGAGCCGUGGAGCAAUGUCCUAACACGGAACAGGUGGUGGAAAUAAUCUUCUCUGCCAUAGAAAAUAUGUUGAAUACAUACAAGGUUUUACCCUUACAUACAGUUUACAGUGUAUGUAAACUUGCUGAGUCAUUGAUGAUUCCAGAAAAGUUUGCCUCCUUUGUGAAGAACUCUGCAAUUUCAUUGGUUGCUUUCAUGGUCUCUUCUGACCAAUCAGAGGACCAAAUGGCUCAACAUUUGAUUGACACUGGACUAAGGGUAGUUUCCAGAGUUCAUAGUGGAACAAGCUCUAUGAUUGGUCACUUGAAAGCUUCCCUGUCAACAGAACUCGAUGAAAAACAUACCCAAGGAGUGCUGAAAAUUAUGUUGUUAGUUGUAAAAGGAGACAACCAACAAAAACUUGCACCAGAUUGUUCCUGUUGUAAACAACUGCACGAAUGUUUUGAUAACAUGGAAAAAUUAGGCUUGCCGCUCAAGGUUGGAACCUCACACGAAACAGAGACAUUAUUUGCUCGUGUAAAAUAUCUUCUUUCAUUGCUGAAAUAAACCAGUAUGUAAAUUG